AUGGAUCCUUCUCAGCAGGCGUUUAAGUCCGCGAUGGCGGCAUUCAAGAAGACCAUAAAUGACAACAAGUUGCACCAAGAUAUCCUACGUACGACCACCAUUGAAGGAGUCUGGACAGAAGCAAAGAAUAUACAGGCGAGGCAAGAGGCUAAGAAUCGUAUCCGAAACAUGGGCAAAAUCCGGCGCUUCCUUGACAAAAUCGCAGCGUACGCAUCAACAGUGGAUACGUUUGUCCAGGUAAAACCUGAGAUAAUGGCCCUCAUUUGGGGCCCUAUCCGAAUACUAUUGGUGUGGACAGAGAACAUUGCUAAGCUUGCGGAUGCCAUCUUCGAGGCGAUGGAGAAGAUUGGAGAUGCGCUCCCGCAAUUCAUUGACGCGGCAAAGAUAUUCAGCGAUAAUGAGAAGUUGAAGCAGGUACUGGCACUCUUUUACGGGGACAUUCUGGACUUUUACGCCAUAAUGCUGGCGUUCUUUCGCUUGUCGCGGGCGGAAAUCUUCUUCGAAUCGGUCUGGCCUGCGCGACGGGCCAAGGUGGAGGCUGUCGUUAGCAAUAUUGAAAGGCAUAGCAGCCUGUUCAGGAAUGAAGUCACUCUGCGUCACAUACAGGAAGAGCACGAAGCCCGCACUCGACUAUUGGCGCAUUUUGACCAAGAAACCGAGUUUCAGGACCGCGAGAAGUUCAAGGCUUUGAGGACACAGGUGUCUCCCGUAACAUACGAUAGGCGAUUGGACUGGCUACUGAACCGCAGUUGUGACAAUUCGGCAGAGUGGCUCCUGCAAGAUGAUCGCUUUUUAGCGUGGAUUGACAUCUCGAAUCGCGCUACGCCUCUUCUAUGGCUGCAGGGGAUACCCGGCGCCGGGAAAACCUUUCUUGCUGCAGCUGCCAUUGAGGCUGCCAGAACUCAUCAUCGGACCCUUUUCGCCUUCGUGAGCCACGUCUAUCAGAGUUCAACUACAGCCCUGGUCAUUCUCCAGUCCUUGGUAUUUCAAUUGGCUAUUGACUCCACGGAUAUUCAAUCCAUUUUGACCGGGGCCGACGAGCGAAGCCUGGUCGGCAAGACCGCCUACGUGUCAGACCUACUAAAGAUGUUACUCAAGACCGCCGGCCCAACCUACAUUGUACUUGAUGGGGUCGACGAGAUGGAGGCGGAUGAGCGGAGCAUUUUACUCCGAGAACUGGCACAUCUCGAUGACUGUCCAGAGACCAGGAUGCUGGUCAGCUGCAGGCCUGAGGACGACAUCUCCAGGGUUCUUGAGACCAAGGCUACUAGUCUCCGUGUCGACAAGAGAAAUUCCGAUAGUAUCAAGGGCUAUAUCAAUACGAGACUUCGUGAGUGGAACCGUACCGAAAACUUCGACAAGGACACACAAGUGCAGCUUCAAUAUCUGCUGUCCCCCCUGGCUGAAAAGGCUGCUGGCAUGUUCUUGUACGCCCGAAUUAUUUUGGACAACGUUAUGCUCCUGACCGAAUUGGAUGAGAUUAAACGAGAACUGAAAGUCCUUCCAGCAGACUUAAACGAUGCGUAUAUCUUCAGCCACCAAGUCGAUAGUUUUAUUGAUCGGUCCGAAGCAAACUACAAUCUCGCGACCUCCUCCUUGGCGUACCUCUGUUCCGGCAUCUUUGACGCAAGCCUUUCAGACGAACAACUACGGAAGGGUCUCCUCACAGGGAGAUACCGAUUUCAUACCUAUGCCGCACGGUACUGGAUUUUCCUGGCCAUGCGCUGUCUCGAAGAGCCUGGCGACUCCUCAGCCUAUCCAGAUCUGCUUAUGCUGCUCGUGCGACUAGCAGUGGAGCUGGGGAACCCCAGAUUUGAGAGUCAAACAGAGGCUCCCAACGCUACCGUGGUGCGGAAGCUUCAGUCAGACUAUCCCGAGAUUUUCCGUAUUAUCUGCGGAGGGCUAAGGUUUCUCGAGGACGAGAGGAGGUGUGAGUGGAAUCACACCAAUGGUAGCUUCUACAUGGGUCAACUUUGA